ACUAUGCUGCUGCCAGCGCUAACUGAGUUGGAAAGCUUGCUUCUGCCUAUCAGCCCAAAAUGCCUCCCAGAAGAAAGAUUAACUCUUCUUCCUCAUCCAAGAAGCCCAACGUUUCAAAUCAACAAUCUCAACCGUCCAAGUUCGGCAUCCAACAUUUCUUCGAACGCCAUACUCAAAACGCCCUUGUAGCUACCCACAACCACCCAUCUUCUCCUCCCAACGCCCUCCUUUCAGCAGCCCCUAAGUCUCCUAUCCCAGACCAUAACCCUUUAUCCUCUUCCAACGCCAAUGCAGCUGCUUUGCCUUUACCACUUGAAGCCGCUAGCAGCGCUGUCGUCUCUCAUUCUGCGUCGCAAAACCCUAAAAUCGAUUCUGAUUCCUCUGCCGAUAAGCCACCUGCCAUUGAUGUUAAUGUUGAGGUGUCGCCUUCAGUCUCCAAGUCUACGUCUCUGAAGCGCUUCAAUUUUUCCCCUGGAAUGUUGAUAAAGCAGAGCCAAGAUGAUGGAGGGGAUGUGGUGACAUGGAAGAUAUCUCCGGUCAACGAACGGCUUCAAGCACUCUCAAAGCACAUGCCUGUAUUGGCUGAUUCCUCGAAGCACGACUCUUUCAGCAUAAACCAAUGCUCCCAAAACAAGGGUCUAAAUAUGUCUGCUAAGGUUGACAAGUGGCUUUCUUCGCCUUCUCCCAAAGCUGAUAAAAAAUCUUUGGUUUCAGACAACAGGGUUGGGUUAAAAAGAGCGAACCCAUUUCAGGAUACAGAGGUCAGUGAGAGAAUUGCUGAUGAGAAAACUUCUUUAGCAAGUAGACAGAGUCCAUUCCGCACUCCACCAUCGCUACCAUAUUGUCCUGAUAAGCUUACUAAUGGUAUUACAUCUGACCAGUUGGGUUUGAGGCAGCACAAAAAGGCAUUGCUUGCACUUCUAGAUCAAGUAGAAGAUGUCAUUUCUGUUGAGGAUUUUGUUUCCACUGAAUCAGAGCCAUAUUCAUCUGACGCCCAAGAUGGACAGCCCAACGAAAUGCCUGUAAUAGCUGAUUCAGUAGUAAAAGGAGCUGGAAUGGGCCCACCACACGAAGUCAGUGAAACAUCUUCUAAUGGUUAUUUCCUAGUGUUGGAGGUAUCUGAAAAGCGAACUUUUUCUGAGUCUGUUGGUUUACAAUGCCCAUAUAAGGUUCUUCGCUUGGUAAAUGAGAAAUGUGGGGAAGAGCGCGCCGUUUAUUUGUGGGAAGAGUGGUCUUAUACUGUUGUUGCCCCAGGAGACACUGUGAAUGUCAUUGGUGAAUUUGAUGAUGAGGGAAAGUGUAAUGUUGAUCAUGAAAAUAAUUUUCUUAUUCUUCAUCCAGAUAUUCUGGUCUCUGGAACUCGGGUUGCAGCUAGUUUCAGUUGCCCAAGGCGAACUGUCCUAGAUGAGAGAUUACGAUGCAAUGAGCAUUCAACUGCAGCUCUUAUCGGCACCUUGCUCCACCAAAUUUUUCAGGCAGGACUUGUGAAGGAGGCCCCUACAAUACACUUUUUGGAAGAAUAUGCAAGACUAGUGCUACAGAAGAACAUGGAGAGCUUGUAUGCAUGUGGAGUAAAUGAAAAUGAAAUAUAUAAAACCUUGACUGAAGCUAUUCCAAAACUAGUAAAUUGGAUUGUCCUCUUCAAAGAUUCAGAGGACCCAAAAGUCCCCACUGUAGAUUUUGGAUCUGAUAAUGGGCCAAAAAAGGUUAAUAUUUUCGAGGUGAUUGAUAUUGAGGAAAUGGCAUGGGCCCCAAAGUAUGGUUUGAAAGGAAUGAUCGAUGUUUCAGUCAGAGUGAAGAUUGAGUCAGGUGGAAAAGAAGACAACGAGAAGAUUAUGCCUCUAGAGUUUAAAACUGGAAAAAUGCCUAAGGGCCAGUCAUCUAUGGAACACUGUGCCCAAGUGAUCUUGUACACUCUCCUUAUGUCUGAAAGGUACCUAAAAUGUAUUGAUUCUGGCCUUCUAUACUAUCUCCAGUCAGAUCAGACACAAGGAAUUGUAGUUCGAAGAUCUGACUUGGUUGGGUUAAUCAUGCGUCGCAAUGAGCUUGCAAAUGAUAUUCUUAAGGCGUUAACAACACAACAAUUGCCCCCAAUGUUACAGAUUCCAAGCAUGUGCAAAGGCUGUCGCCAUCUUGAUGUUUGUACCAUCUAUCAUAAGGCACUUGGUGGUGACACAGAGAGUAGUGGAUUAGGUGAUGUAUUUGAUUCACAUGUACAUCAUUUUUCAAAUGCUCAUGGUGUUUUCCUCAGACAUUGGGAUCGGUUGAUUGACCUAGAAGCUAAAGAGAUGCAGCUUGUAAAGAAAGAUCUCUGGCAUUCUCGUAAUCUGAAGAGUGACGACUGUACUGGUUGCCUUUCUUCUCUUGUUCUUGAUGAACUUCCACAUCAGAAAUCUCACAAAGAAAAUAGAUUCAUCUAUCAUUUUGUGUGUCGACAUUCACCUGCUUCCAAUCUAAAUGGAUCUGAUAGAAAUCCUAUUAGUGCUGCCUCUUCUCUGACCAAAGAUUUGGAUUGCACACUUAAAUGUGGAGAUUAUGUGAUACUUAGCACGGAAUCUGGUCAUCAAAUUGUAGCAAGUGGGGUCAUUGUGGAAAUCAGUCCUGUCCGUGUUUCUGUUUCUUUUUCUAAGUGUUUAAGGCUACCUGGGGGUAAUUUGUCUUCAAUGACGGAGAAACUAUUUCAGGAGGUCUGGCGGAUUGACAAGGAUGAAGUCAUGACCUCAUUUUCCAUUAUGCGGUUCAACCUUAUUCAAAUUUUUCUACAAAAUGAGCAAAGUUCUCAUCUCAGGAAGAUGAUUGUUGACCUUGCGGCUCCUAGAUUUGACAGUGGAUGCAUAUUCAGCCAAGAUCCAGCAAUAUCUUAUGUGUGGUCAGAGAAGAGCUUAAAUGAUGAUCAGCGUAGAGCUAUUCUCAAGAUACUUACAGCAAAGGAUUAUGCUCUAAUUCUAGGAAUGCCUGGAACGGGCAAGACAUCUACAAUGGUACAUGCUGUAAAAGCCUUGUUGAUGAGAGGUGCAUCCAUUUUGCUUACAUCCUACACAAACUCCGCAGUUGAUAAUUUACUCAUCAAAUUAAAAUCUCAGAGCAUUGAUUUUGUACGCAUUGGAAGACAUGAAUCUGUGCAUGAGGAAAUUAAGGGGCAUUGUUUUUCAGGAAUGAACCUAAGUAGCAUUGAAGAAAUUAAAGUGAAAUUUGACAAAGUCAAAGUUGUUGCCGUCACUUGCUUGGGCAUCACUAGUCCAUUCCUCUCUGGAAAGAAAUUUGAUGUUUGCAUUAUAGAUGAAGCUGGACAGACAACUCUCCCGGUAUCACUGGGACCGUUGAUGUUUGCUUCUACAUUUGUGCUAGUUGGAGAUCACUACCAAUUGCCUCCUCUGGUUCAGAGUGCAGAGGCUCGAGAGAAUGGAAUGGGAAUAAGUUUGUUUUGCAUACUAUCAGAAGCACAUCCACAUGCAAUUUCACCACUACAAAGCCAGUAUCGUAUGUGUGAAAGCAUUAUGGGACUUUCAAAUGCAUUGGUAUAUGGUGAUCGAUUGCGUUGUGGUUCCCCUGAAGUAGCUAAUGCCAAACUCAAAUUUUCAAGACCAAACGCUUCUUGUUCAUCUUGGCUAAAAGCUGUUCUAAAUCCAGGCAGGCCAGUCAUUUUUGUUAACACAGAUUUGUUGCCUGCUUUCGAGGCUAGAGACCAUAAAACUGUGAAUAAUCCAAUGGAAGCUUAUAUAAUUGCAGAGAUAACGGAUGGAUUAGUUAACAAUGGAAUUGAAGCAAAAGAUAUUGGCAUCAUUACCCCUUAUAACUCUCAGGCGAAUCUCAUCAGACAUGCUUGCAUAGCAUCUGUGGAGACGCAUACUAUUGAUAAAUACCAGGGAAGAGACAAGGACUGCAUACUGGUGUCCUUUGUUAGGUCUAAUGAGAAUCCUAGAAAAUGCUCUUCUUCACUGCUUGCAGACUGGCAUAGGAUUAAUGUUGCUCUAACACGAGCCAAGAAAAAGUUGAUCAUGGUGGGGUCGUGCAGAACCCUUUCGAAGGUUCCAAUGCUUAAGCUUCUUAUUGACAAAGUUGAUGAGCAGUCAGGCGUUAUGAAUAUGUCGAAGAAGGAUAUCAACCACAAAGCGGUACUUAAGAGGUGCUCUCAGAUAAGAUCAUUGUAAAAUUAGCCCCUUCCGAUGGGAAUUUGUUCAUAUGUAUAUUUGAACGGUGUAUAUAAAAUUAUAUUUUGAUCGUAUUAUGCUGCAGAUAUUCAUAUUUUAUCUAUGAUGGUGAUGAUGAUGAUGAUAUGUAAAACAGUAAGAGAAGUGAGCAUAUCAUUUGAUUAGCUUUUGUGCUCAGUGGGAUGUGCAUGGAUUAUGGAUAUUCUUUAAUGGGCUGCUCAAAUCAAUCUUGAAAGCCUAUUUUGGUUGGGACUUGGACUCAAAUGGCCUUCAAAUGUCCACAUUUUAUUCGGCCUCAAUAUUUU